AUGCUAGAGUGCCUAGUAUUCGUUGGAACAUGCUAUUUGGUGUGGGGGAAGAAGGAUGGUGUGUGGAGGUGUGGGGGUGAAGAAGUGGCACCGGCGUGGUGGAAGAGGGGCCGAGAGAGGCUAGUGGAGUGGAGAGAGUCGGCCGACGCCGCUAUGGGAGGAGGCGCCGAGG